UUGCUCAAGCGCGUUUUAGUCCGUUUGUCCCUCUUCGCUCGCCUUAGGAACAAAGCAGAAAGUUCACGGAACAGUUGCAUGCUGGGAAAGCACGUGCAGCGGAAGCUCUGUGAGGUGAGGCUGCGGUUUUGCCACCAUGUCGUCCAGAAAGACCCAGGAUGGCGAUGAGCGCUUCCUCCGGGUGCAGAAAGACCCCCGCUUCUGGGAAAUGCCAGAAAGAGAGCGCAAAAUCAAGAUCGACAAGCGCUUCCAGUCCAUGUUUCAUGACAAGCGCUUCAAGGUGAAAUACACAGUGGACAAACGAGGUCGUCCCAUCAACUGCACCUCCACGGAGGACCUGAAGCGUUUCUACAAACUCUCCGACUCUGAGGAAGAAGCGGACGAGGAGGAUGCAAGGACCAAGAAGAAGAAAAAAGCAAAGGAGAACUUGGUGAAAUCUGAGAGAGACGUGAGGAAAGGAAAAGAGGUGCAGAGCAGCAGUGGUGACGCCAAAGGAGAGCGAGGAGUCCGAGUCAUGGAAGAUGAAGAUGAUGAAGAGGAGGAGGAGGAUGAUGUGGGCCUGGAGGACAGUGUCACAGACAGCACUGAGGAGGAGGAUGAUGAAGAUGCUGCAGAGGAGGAAAGCGAUGUGGCGAGUGGCUCAGAUGAGGAGUCCAGUGCAGAUUUGGAGGAGGACAGCGACAGCGAGCCUGAUCUGGCCAGAGGGAAGGGCAACAUAGAGACCAGCUCAGACGAAGAUGAUGAUGAUGAGGAGGAGGAGGAUGUGGGUGCAGUCCUGCGGCGAGAGGAAGAGGAGAUUGAACACGACUGGGGAGAGCUGUGCAAAGACGCUCCACGAAGUGAUGAGGUUUCUGCCCGGCUGGCUGUCUGCAACGUGGACUGGGACCGCCUGAAGGCCAAAGACCUGCUGGUUCUGUUCAGCUCCUUCAUCCCUAAAGGAGGAGCCGUGCUGACUGUCAAGAUUUACCCGUCAGAAUUUGGGAAGGAGAGGCUGAAGAUGGAGGAGGUGCAGGGACCGAUGGAGGUGAAAGCGCUGCCCGACGACUCCGAGGACGACACAGAGGAGGAGAGGGUUUACAGGGAGAGGAUGCGCGACUACCAGUUCAAGCGUCUGAAGUAUUACUACGCGGUGGUGGAGUGUGACUCGGCCGACACAGCCACCAAGAUCUACGGGGAGUGUGAUGGCUACGAGUACGAGAGCAGCUGCUCCGUCCUGGACCUGCGGUUUGUUCCUGAUGAAGUCACGUUUGACGAGGAGCCCAAAGAUGUGGCCACGGACGCGAACCUGUCGACCUACACGCCUAAACUGUUCACCUCGUCCGCCACCGCCACCUCAAAGGUGCAGCUGACCUGGGACGAGACGGACCACGAGCGUGUGGCCACCCUGAACAGGAAGUUCAAUAAAGAUGAGCUGCUGAAAUUGGACUUCGACGCCUACCUGGCCUCCUCGAGUGGUGAGGAGGACGAGGGUGGAGACGACGCAGUAGAGGCUAAAGAGAGAGAAGAGGAGGUGCAGAAGAAACCUGUGCAGGAAGAGAAGAAGAAGAGUGAGGAGCAGAUCUCCAAGUACAGGGAGCUGCUGAAAGGCAUCCGGGACAAAGAGACGAAGCUGCAGGAGGACAGAGACAUGGAGAUGGAAGUCACCUGGGUUCCAGGGCUGAAGGAGGUGACAGAGCAGCUGGUGAAGAAGAAGAUGGAGGACACGAACAAGCUGACGCCCUGGGAGGAGUUCCUGCAGAAGAAGAAAGAGAAGAAGAAGCAGAAGAAAUCUCAAAGAAAACAGGGAGCAGGUGAGGAGGAGCUUAGCGACGAUGAGCUCCCUCCAGACGUCGACCUCAGGGACCCGUUCUUCGCAGAGGAGCUCGGCGCUACAGAUCUCCAGAGGAGGCAGAAGGGGAAGAAGAGGAAGGAGGAGGAUGAAGAGGAGCUGGAGAAACAAAAGGCUGAGAUGGCUCUGCUGAUGGAGGACGACGCCAAACGCAAACAUUUCAACUACGACAAGAUUGUGGAGCAGCAGAACCUGAGCAAGAACAAGAGGAAGAAGCUGCUGAAGAAGAGCGAGGAGCUGCUGGAGGAUGACGACUUGAAAGUGGACGUUAAAGACCCUCGCUUCCAGGCCAUGUUCACCUCGCACCUGUUCAACCUUGACCCGUCCCACCCCAGCUACAGGAAGACCAAAGCCACGCAGAGCAUCCUGGCCGAGAAGCAGCGCAGACGUGAGGAGCAGCAGCAGAGGGUGGAGGAUGUCCUCAGUGCUCAGAAGGCUGAACGGGACACUGCGCCGACAGUGAAGAAAUCACUGGACCCCAGUUUGUCUUUGCUCGUCAAGUCGAUCAAAAGCAAAACGGAGCAGUUUCAGGCUCGGAAGAAGCAGACGCUCUUGUAGGCGAGACUGCACGGCGACAGG